UGACAGCAUAAUGCUGAAGGUAUUCAUGAUUAUUAGGCCGAAGUGUCCCAUGCCAUUCUUGCUAAUGUGUAGUUUGGUCUUAUUAUUAUCUGAUAUGCGAUUAUUUGUCACACACUUCACCCUGGGAUGUAUAACUUGUAGACGGUCCCUAACGGACGGUAAGCGAAAUGUAGAAUCAGUCGCCGUUAGUUGUUGUCUCUACAAAUCCAGACGCGAUUUUUUUAGUUUCCGAAUUUAUCCUCCACACACUACACAUGCAAUAUAGUCGCAAAUAUCGUUCGGAGGCCGAGUACGAGCGGGAGAGAACUGACUUUUUUUUUUGACCCACAUUGUAUUAACAAUACAUUAACAUACAUCUUUGUCAAUAUAAUAUUGACAUCUGACCAACCUUGUCGCUCGACUCUUCUGUGGUGACGCAAUCACUCCUCGACUCCCCACGCAUGGCCAGUGGCCACACCGAAGUAACGGCGGCCCAAUACGAACCUCAGUAAGGCUUCCAUCUCCGUCGUUGACGAUGUGCGACAGCGACGACGUGCCGACGCUGUCUGCUCACACUCUGGCGGCUCUGCUGGACUUUUACGAGGAGAGCCGAGGUGAGAACACCGGGGCCACCUCCAAACCCGCGGACCACUUUGCCCUGGGAGCUGUAGGCGAGGACUGGAGAAUGAGUCAAUUCUGGUACACUGACGACACCGCAACCCGGUUGGCUGAGGAGCUUCUACACCAAGCUGGAGGAGGAGGAAGGAUCGCAUGCGUGAGCGCACCCAGCGUUUACCAGAAGCUCAAGCAGCUGUCCGGCCUUGUCGGCGGAGGUUCCGUGUCGGUGGCGCUCUUGGAGUACGACCGCCGCUUCGCCAUCUACGGCGACGAUUUCGUCUUCUACGACUACAACGAGCCGCUGGCGCUGGCGGAGCGCGGCGUGGCGCCCGGCAGCUUUGACAUGGUCCUGGCCGACCCGCCCUACCUCUCCGAGGAGUGUCUCACCAAAGUGGCCCAGACCGUCAAGUACCUCAGCAAAGGAAAAGUGCUGCUGUGCACAGGCGUCGUCAUGGAGAAUGUAGCCAAGGAUCUUCUGGACGUCCAAGUGUGUCGUCACUUCCUGCCUCAGCACGAGCGCAAUUUGUCCAACGAUUUCCGAUGUUUCGUCAACUACCCGUCGCCGCUGCUCUCCUGUUGAUUGGCCGAAAGGGGGUGAAGGAGGCAGAGCCAUCCAGAACAUCCAGGUUGCUGAUUGGACAAUGAGUGAUAAAUUUGAGAUGCUAGCAAAGGGAGGCAAUCUCGACAAAAAUUAUUACAGAUGUACCACACAAUAUGUACUUGUGUAUACUGUAUGUACCAUCAUUUGUACCGCAGUGCAUACUCCACAUCUACAGCAAGAUGUACUGUAUGUACUACCAUGUUUUUUUUAUAGCACAUGUACUACAGUUUUUGUACCAUUAUGUACUACAACUAAUGUACAGCCCCACCCCCCUACAAAAGUAUUGGAAGAGCAAGGUCAAUUCCUUUGUUUUUGUUGUAUACUGAAGACAUUUGAGUUUCAAAUGAAAAGAUGAAUAUCAGACAAAAGUUCAGAUUUCCAGCUUUUAUUUUAUGGUAUUUACAUCUAGAUAUGUUAAAAAAAACUCAGGACAGAGCACCUUUUUGUUUGAAGCCACCCACUUUUCAGAAUCAGAAUCAUCUUUAUUUGCAAAGUAUGUCCAAAAAAACACAAGGAAUUUGUCUCCGGUAGUUGGAGCCGCUCUAGUACGACAAGAGACAGUCAAUUGACAAAGAACACUUUUGAGACAUAAAUACAUUGAGAAAGAAAGUCACUGAGCAAUAAAGGGUUGCUAGUUAUCCGGUAAUGCCGGUACAAUUUUAAUUGUUUAUUUUUUGGGGGACAAUUGUGUAAAAAGAUGCAGUCCUCUAGCACUUAGAAUGACUAAUCUCGCAGUAGUCCGGUGCAAUGACCAUUGUGCAAAGGGCGCCGAGACUUCGAGGAGUGUAUGCAGUUCAAAGUGACGAGUAGUGCGAUAAUCUGGGACAAUGUUGAUAUUGCAAAUGUUGCAGAUGCUACUGUGGCAUGAGCGGCCAGUAUUGGUCAAGAACAGGUAUGCAAAUAGUGCAGCGUGACGAGACUACUACAGUGAGUGCACGAGUGGUAUAUAAUUGGCCCGACAGAAAUGUGACAACAAACUCAGACCAAAAAAAUUGCCAGCAUGUUGUAAUGGAAUUGUAGGUUAGGUGUUUAAGAAGUUGAUUACAAGAGGGAAGAAGCUGUUGGAAUGUCUGCUAGUUCUAGUUUGCAUUGGUCGGUAGCGCCUACCUGAGGGAAGGAGCUGGUGACCGGGAUGUGGCGGUUUCGAGAGGAUUUUGCAGGCUCUUGUCUUAGUUCUGGCAGCGUGCAAGUCCUCAAGGGUGGGUAGGGGGGUACCAGCAGUUUUGAUUGUGCGUUGCAGUCGAAGUUUGUCCUUUUUUGUAGCAGCACCAAACCAGACUGAUGGAAGAACACAGGACUGAUUCGAUGACCGCUGUGUAGAACUGCCUCAGCAGCUCCUGUGGCAGGCCGUGCUUUCUCAGAAGCCGCAGGAAGUACAUACUCUGCUGGGCUUUUUUCAGGACAGAGUUGAUGUUGAUCGCCCACUUCAGGUCCUGAGAGACACAAGGCAGCUGGACAGCGUGAGGGGCAGCUGUGGCAAAGGGUGCCUCCUGAAGUCCACGAUCAUCUCUACAGUCUUGAACGUGUUCAGCUCCAGGUUGUGUCAGCCGCAUCGCAGCUCCAGCCGCUCCACUUCCUGUCGAUAUGCAGACUCGUCACAGUCCUUGAUGAGGCCGAUGACAGUGGUGUCAUCUGCAAACUUCAGGAGUUUGACAGCCGGGUGCGUGGAGGUGCAGUCGUUCGUGUAGAGAGAGAAGAGCAGCGGAGAUAGUGAAAGUGUCCUUUUCAAAUCUGCAGUAGAAGGUAUUCAAGUCGUUGGCUAGUGUGCUACUGUUCUCAGCUUGGGGGGGGAUCGUCGCUUGUAAUUGGUCAGCGAUUGUAAUGCAUGCCAGACUGAUUCAGAGUCGUUAGCGCUAAACUGUUUUUCCGACUUUGCUGCAUAGUUCCUCUUUGAAAGGUUAAUUUCUUUGUUGUACAAGUGAGCAAAAUGAUUGGAACAUUUGACUGAUGGGUGUUUAUAGUUGCUCAGGUGUUGUCUUUUAGAUUGAUUGCUUAAAUAUUAGCUAGUGCUUGUUUUAGGCUUCGGGUUACACCUGUGAAAACUGCAUUUGCUGUUAAGCAAACAUGAACACCAGAGUGCUGUCUAUGGGAGAAAAACAAACCAUUGAAGCUGAGAGAAGAGGGAAAAUCGAUUAGAGAAACCCUGGGCAUAGCCAAUACAACAAUUUGGAAUGUCCUGAAAAAGAAAGAAACUACUGGUGUACUGAGCAACAGACAUCGAACAGGUCGGCCAAGGGUAUCAACAACAGUUGAUGACAGAAACAACAUGAGAGUUGUGAAGAAACACCUAAAGACAGCAGUCAGUGACAUCACUGCCAACCUCCACAGGGCAGGGGUGAAGGUAUCAGAAUCCACCGUUCGAAGAUGACUUAGAAGAAAUAUACAGGACAUACCACGAGAUGCAAACCAUUCAUUUAUCUUCCAUACCGCUUAUCCUCACGAGGGUAGCGGGAGUGCUGGCGUCUAUCCCGGCUGACUUUGGGCAAGAGCGGGGUACACCGUGAACUGGUCGCCAGCCAAUUGCAGGGCACAUAUAAACAACCAUUCGCACUCACAUUCAGACCUACGGGCAAUUUAGAGUUUUCAUUUAAUCUACCAUGCAUGUUUUUAGGAUGUGGGAGGAAACCAGAGUACCCGAAGAAAACACACGCAGGCACGGGAAGAACAUGGAAACUCCACACAGGCGAGGCCAGGUUCAAACCCGGGUCCUCAGAACUGUGAGUCAGAUGUGCCGCCCAAGAUGCAAACCACUCAUCAGCAUUAAGAAUCGGAAGGCCAGAUUGGAUUUUGCAAAGAAGUACAGAGAUGAGCCACAAAGGUUUUGGAACAAAGUUUUACGGACUGAUGAGACCAAGAUUAAUCUCUACCAAAGUGAUGGAAAUGCCAAAGUAUGGAGAAAGAAAGGAUCUGCUUAUGAUCCAAAACACACGAGUUCAUCUGUGAAGCAUGGUGGAGGGAAUGUCAUGGCUGCUUCUGGAACGGGCUCACUAGUAACUCAUGAUGGUAGCAGCACAAUGAAUUCUGAAGUCUACAAAACCAUUUUGUCUGACAAUUACAGAAAAAUGCAUCCAAACUAAUCGGGAGAAGCUUCAUCAUGCAAUAAGACAAUGAUCCAAAACACACUGCCAACACAAAAAAGGACUUCAGCAGGGGGGGAAAGUGGAAGGUCUUACAGUGGCCAAGUCAAUCACCAGACCUUUACCCAAUAGAGCAUGCAUUUUACCUCCUGAAGAGGAGACUGAAGGGAGAAACCCCCAGAAACAAACAAGAACUGAAAGAGGCUGCAGUAAAGGCCUGCAAAAGCAAUUCAAAUGAAAAAUGCAACAGUCUGGCGAGGUUAGUGGGUCACAGACUUGAUGCAGUUAUUGCAAGUAAGCGUUAUGCCACCAAAUAUUAAAUGUUAUUGACUUUAAUGCUCACUUGAAAAGUGGGUGGCCAAACAAAAGGUGCUCAGUCCCGAGUUGUUUAACAUCUAGAUGUAAAUGCCAUGAAAUAAAAGCUGGAAUUCUGAACUUUUGUCUCAUAUCCAUCUUUUGAUCUGAAACCCAAAUGUCUUCAGUAUACAACAAAAACAAGGAAUUGACCUUGCUGUUCUCAUACUUUUGGAGGGGACUUAUAUAGCACAGUAUAUACUGUAUGUGCCAUUGCGUAUACAGAGUAUACUCUAUGUAUUACAGUAUGUAGUAGGUUUUUAUAAACGAUGUAAUACCGUGUGUAUGCUCCAGCAUAUGUACAUUCUGUAUUUAUGUGCUACUAUGUAUAUGCCACUUUCUGUCACCUAUUCUAGUGUAUAUAUUUUAUGUACAACAGUGGAUGUAUCACUAUGUAUACUGUACAUACGUGUAUAUACCACAGUAUGCACUAUGUAAUAGAGCGUAGGUACUGAAUGUACCACAGUGUAUAUACCAUUUGUACUAAAGUAUCUAAUGUACUGCUGUGUAUGUCACACGUUCACUGUAUAUGCUGUAUGUACCACUGCCUGUACUAGUGUGCAUACUACAUGUACUACUGUGUAUUAAACACUAUGUACCAUAUGUUUUAGUGUAUACACUACGUGAAUCAUUGUGUAUAUACAGUGGUGUAUGUACCACAAUGUACAUUCAAGGGUCUAAACUACUGUGUAUGAACUAAAGUGUAUGUGUGGCUGGUAUAACAUAAAUGGUUAUUAAAGCAAAGCUGUGUGA